GUUUCCUAGAGGUUAGUUUUACGUUGUAAGAUAAUAAAAAAGUUUGUUGGAGAACUUCAAAGAUGGUGUAGUUCGAUCAAAGAGCAUUUCAAUGGGAAAUCAAGUCUACGCAAGAUAAUCAUUAGAAGGAGUGACUUCGUGAGCAUCAAUAUGGGCAACUAUGCGUUUGACCACUAGCUUCCUAAUACUUCUGUCAUGCUGGGGCUUGACCAUGGAAGAACUACAACCGACCCCAAAUACAUAUCUUUACUCUGAUGUAGAUGCUUGCACAAGAUAUAACUUCUUGCCAAUCAAUGAAAAAAAUUUCCGGGAAGCCAUUCUUUUCUUCAAUCUCUGCCAGCAGCUCAUACAUGUUCUUCCAGCAGAACAACGUAAAGACUAUGCUAGAUACCUUAGACAUGAGCUUAUCAUGACACGAAAUGAAUUCAAAUCAAAAAACGAAAACAAAGAUAUUGCACAAUGGCUUGAAAAAAAAAUCGACUCUCUUCUCCUGGAUAUAGACAAACAGCAGUCUGACGCAGGAAAUGAUCAUGCGCUGGUAUCUUCAGCCUUCCAGUUACCAUUUAGUCGGUUUCAUCUAUGGAGGAAAGGAGGUCCAAAAAGAACUGAUACUCAAAGACAAACGCUGAGAACAAACGAUGGAGGGUCGAUUUCUAAGCCACCUGAGUAUGAAGAUAUAGAUCAAGACGAUCUCCUUUCAGAGGAGAGGAUAAGUCUCAAUGACGUUGCUUUAAUAGGACUGAUUUUGGGAUUGGUAUCAACAGUCUCUGCUGCAUUUACUUUGCUGUACAUCUGUUACUGUGGGAACAAACGAAAAAAGAAAACAGCUUUAUGCAAUAAUCGUCAAAAACAAAAGGACGAUGAUGAUGAUUCGCCAAUAGAUAAACAAUGUUCACGCUCCGCUGUGGGGUCUCAAGUAUCAACAAAAAUAGCCAAAUACUCAAGUGGAGAAUGUAAGGUGAACAAAAGCGAAGGUUGUGUGACACAAUAUCAGGCAUCUGACCCAAACUCUCUUCUUCGCACAGGCGGACAAGAUGUUCAAAAAACAAAUACGAUAACAGACUAUGGAGAAAAUACUGGUGAAGCCAGGCCACAGUAUGAAGAGGUCCAUGAAAAUCUUCAGUGGAACGCUGACAUCAUACCUGAAGUUGAAGCCAUAGCUUACCGUAUGAAUAUGGAAGAAAUUCAGCCGGCCAAUAAUGUUAUUGCCCAAUACACAAGUGGUACUCCCAAUGAAUUGGGGCACAUAGUUGAUGAUAGGAAAUUGAGUCACUCUUUGAUUAUGGAUCAACUCCAAUCGGGACAUAAAACAAUACCAAUGACUGAACUAAAUGCAAGUACAGAGAGGAAAGAAGGCUAUGGAGACUAUGACGAGCAAAAACAGAGUCUGAGUGUAAUUACGCAGCAGAACAUUGGCAACAGAAGAUUUAGUGACAAUUUGAUGGAUAGUAAAAAGCCUGAAAACCUCAGUUUUAUUCCAGAAGAUGCAAAAUCAGGUCUGCCACUGAGUUAUGCUCAACAAAAAUAUUCCAAAGGUCAAGUCCCACUGAUGGAUCCACAUUUUCCAUGUGAUGUGCGACAACAAUCAAGGCUGUACACGCAACAAAUGUCAGCAUCGUUGCAACCAACAGCUGAACAAUCGCAAACACUGCAGCUAAAAAAAGAUCUUCAAGCAAUACAACAAGAAAGUAAUGAAGCAUCAAGCAUGACGGAGCUUUUCCAUGCUGGAAAAAAGAAUGUCGAUGAAAAUCAAGAGGCUUCUAAAUGUGUAAAAUGUAAUAAAAAUAAAAAAUUAGGUAAAAAAAGACUAAAUUUUACUUGCGAAAAUGAGAGUGCAAUGAUGCGUUCUAAACUGGGAACCAGUAGAAAACCAUCAGCCUUGGAUAAACCACCCAUGCCAUGUCCGAUGACUGAAUCAGAAAAUAUAAUGCAUCAGGAGAAAUUUUUAUGUUCUUUAUCAGCAACAACACCUUUAACAAUGAAGGAACAGUACUAUAAAAUAGACAGUAAAGCCCCAGAUAAAAAAGAAAUGUUGGAGAGGGAUUAUCCAAACCAAAGGGGUACUGAGAAUGUAAAUUUGCAGAUAAAGGAUGAUCUUUGUGGUGAUGCUCAAAGUUUAAUGAAAAAAAGCAACAUUGCUUCCGCAGACAUUCACCACACGGACACAGAGAUGCAAAAAAUUGGGGAGCAUCAAAGGCUAUUAAAUAGAUCUUUUCAAAAUACUGUCAGUAAGAAACGCCAUCGACAGAAAGUUGCACAUCAUCCUCGGUCACCCCUUACAAAUGACAAGCCGGUGGAUGAGAACAAUUCAAGCUACUACAGUGUUAAACCUGGGUCACCGUAUCAAUCCUGUGCUGAAGUAGAUCCACUCUUUUCAACCAAGGAAUUUGGUAUUCCCGAGGGCAUUCAACAGAGAGCAGACUUUGAGGGCGUUCAGAAAACAAACAACACAUUCACCUCUAAGACACAGAAAAUUGUGAAGACUGUAUUUAGGAGAUAUGAUUCAAAAGUGAGAGAUGGUGAUGAAGAGAAAUUGAUUAAUAGAUAAGCUUCCGGUGAUAAAUAAUGAUUGUCUCAAUUCAUUUGACAGUUUUGAAAGCUUGAAAGUUUUUGAGCGAAGAAAUCUGAGAAAACCUGUGGAAAAAUGCACUUGAUUAGUGGGCAGAAUCAUUUCAAUAUCGACUGAAAGUAGUUGCUCCAAAGUUAGUGAAAAUUCCUUGGAUAUACAUUCAGAUUGCGAUUAUAGUCAUAAUGUAACCAUGAAAAUUUCAAUUGAGAACAAUCAGUUCUUUCUCAGCAUCAGCACUGAAAAUAUGAUUGGUGCAACUCAUAAUCAUUACCUAUUUCCUAGGUCUUAAAACAGGCUGCUAGCAGCAAAUUGAACUUGUCAAGUGUGAUGAAAGCAGUGAGUUCAAAAACUGUAUUGGUGCAUAAUGAAAGUGUCUUCAAUUCCUAAGAGUGUCAUUUAAGAGAUAGGUAAUUUUCUGAAUUCACAAAAUUUCUUUCGUCAAGUUAAUAUGGUGGGACAGGCAUACAGCUUGCCACUAUUACACUAUUGCCACUAUACUGGAUCUUCAAAGUAAGGGGUAUCAAAUAAGAAAUGUAUACUUACAAAGCAUAUUUGUAAAAUAAAGUUCAUUUGACUGUCA